AGUGGGCCGUGGUGGUUUUGUAGUGAUUUGUAGUGAUCUGCGAUGGUCUGUAGUGGGCCGUGGGGGUUUUAUAGUGAUUUCUAGUGGUCUGCGAUGGUCUGUAGUGGGCCGUGGUGGUUUUGUAGUGAUUUGUAGUGGUCUGUGAUGGUCUGUAGUGGGCCAUUUCUGUUUAGACAGGAUAACGCAUUGCUCAUAAACUAAAUAGUGAUAAAUAGUCAUAAAUAGUGAACCUACACUAUCCACCUAUAUGGUAGAUGGGCAUUAUAAAAGCAAAAAAGGGCCAGUGAAUGCACAUCUCGGAAAUACAUUUCCCACAAGCCCCAGUCGGACGCUGUUAGCCGGCGGCAGCUUUGUAAUGCUGCAAUCACAUGAGCUUUGUUAUUGUAGCAGGAGCUGUAAUGUCUACUCACACAGAAACUCGGAGAAGAGCAACCAACAUCGACCACGAGAAUGAAGAGCUUUCAUGGGACCAUGGUAGUGUCAGAGACUAUGCUGGUAUUACUGGUUAUCCCUGCGGCUCCUGUUGUGAUCAUGUGUGUGGAAAUGACCAGCAAGUCAGUACCACUGACUGCCACCUGCAUUUGCCCUGCUGCCUUUACACACACAAAUACAAAAACAAAGGACAUAGCACACACACAGCUAAUGAAACAUGGGAAGAAGUAACAUGUAGUAAGACCACUAUAAGUGCCGAAAAUGAGGUGGAGGCACAAAAGCUUGCCAAUAAUUACAAGUUCGGAUUCAGAAAGUGGAAAAGUCAUGUGACUGAGCGACCCUUUGAGGACAGAUCCGAUAUUGUGAAGGAGCUCUACUCAGAGCUCAGCAUCAUUAAACCAAACACAGGCUCUUUAUGUACAUGUGGCAAUGUUUUGUAUAUAUUUUUAUUCGGUUGGUGGAUCUCUCUGGUGUACCUUCUCGUUGGUAUCAUGAUGUACAUCACCAUUAUUGGAGCCCCUCAUGGUAAAUUGUGCUUCAGACUGUCCCGUUACUUUCUGUGGCCAUUUGGAAAAGCAAUACAGAAGGCAAGUCGUGCACCAUCAAAUGUCAGUGUGAAAGUCCGCAAUGAUUUACUAGGUGAAGUGGAUGAGGGGAAGGCAGUCUCCCCCCUACUGAGGUCCACCACAUUGAUGGAGAACAUAGAGGGCUCAUCUGGGCCUCCAGAGCAGCUCUGCUGGAAUCAUCUGAGUGUGUAUGUGUGGGUGCUGAUGGGAUACCCUCCUCUGGUUGUGGCUCAUGGCAUGUUGUGUAUACUCUCCUGGCUCUUGGUCAUCACCAUCCCUGUGGCCAAAAUGAGUAUCCGAACCCUGAGCAAUGUCUUACUAAUGCCCCCUGAGCAAGUUCUCAUAAAUGAUGCCACUGGGGAAGGCGAAGGUCAAGCCAUUCUGUGCUGCUACCAUGCAGUGAAUAUCUACUACUACAAGUACACGGUUGAUGGAAUCAAUGUUUUUGCUGUCAGUAUCCUUCUAAAUUCAGCAAAUAAAAGUGGUGUGGAUUGGAAGGAAGGUUGCUGCAUACACAUGGGCAACCAGUUUGUUGGUGCCGAGGUUAAAUUCACCACUGCAAUAGGUUCACUCAUCCCGUUGUCCUACUAUAUUGGAAUGGGGAUAGCCAGUAUUUCAGCUCAGAGUAACUUUGCAGUCGGUGCAGUGGUCAAUGCCACUUUUGGCUCUAUCACCGAGCUUACCUUUUACAUCACGGCCUUGCUUAGGGGUCAUUACCAGGGCACCAACUGCCUAGAGGAGAUUGUAAAAGCAGCAUUGACCGGGACAUUGCUUGGAUGCAUACUGUUCAUCCCGGGGAUAUGUAUGAUCAUUGGAGGGCUGAAACACAGGGAGCAGAGGUUUAAUAGCCGCUCAGCUGGAGUCAGCUCCUCUCUACUUUUCAUAUCUGUUGGAGGUGUGUUUGCUCCCACACUCUUCUCUAAAGCUUAUGGGAAUCUGGUGUGUGAAGACUGCACUAACUCCUCUGGGACCAACAGUAGCAAUGGGACUUUCACCUGCAGGAACUGCCACUAUGACCUGAUUGAAAACAACUACAGCCUGUUUCAUAGCCAUAUAGCACCCCUGGUGUACACAGUGUCAGUUCUGCUACCGGUGGCCUACAUCAUCGGCCUUCUGUUCACUCUGAAGACUCAUUCACACAUCUAUGACAUUCAUGUUGGUGAUGGAAGUGCAGAGGCUCAUCCAGGUGCAGUGGUGCACUGGUCUCGCUGGAGAGCUCUGCUCAUUCUGAUCAUCGCCACAGUGCUCAUGUCCUGUUGUGCUGACCUCAUCACAGAGCACAUCCAUUCUAUACUGACCCACCCAAACAUCUCCCAGUACUUUAUAGGUGUGACAGUUUUGGCCAUGGUUCCUGAAAUACCAGAGAUAGUCACUGGUAUACAGUUUGCUCUUCAGAAUAAUAUCAGCUUGAGUUUAGAAGUCGGGCGCUGCAUUGCAGUUCAGGUGUGCAUGAUUCAGAUCCCCAUACUGAUCCUGUUCAAUGCCUUUUACGAUGUUGGCUUUCUGCUCAUCUUCAGUGACUUGCAUCUGUGGGCCAGCAUCUUCAGCGUCAUCCUUGUCAACUACAUCUUCAUGGACGGAAAGUCUGAUUACUUUCAAGGUACAGCUCUCGUGGUCGUGUAUCUCAUCCUCCUUGCUCUCUACUUCUUUGCUCCUUCACCAGCAGGUUGUUAAUAAGAAGACUAGUCUGCUCUCUUUUGCACCUUCUCUGUACUAAAUGAACAUUUAAAGUGCUUCUGCAUUAAUACAUCAUCACACGGCUACAUUUUGAAUUGCCACUGAUAUACAAAAUUAAUUACAGUAAAGUUAGUUAAAAUUAAGGUACAAUUAAACAUGUAUUUGCAUAAAUUGUUACUGAGGUUAUUUAGUGAGAUUUUGUUUUCUAAAAUGUACUGCGCUGUGCUGAAUUAACUGCUUAAAGUGUUCUGUAUGAUACACAGUGAUGUUAUUGGAUCUCCCAAUACAUUACAUUGUUUUGCAUUCUUGUCACCAUCUGUGUUAUUCAUUAAGCUUAGAUUUAAACAUGAGUGUCGCGUGUGUGUGUGUGUGCAUGGGCACGCGUGUAAUCUGCAUUUCAUAAACAGAAAUUUCAAUACAGCACCAUGGCCAUUAUUUAUGUACAAACCCGCUACCAAUAGCACAUGGUAUAAAGUUUUGUAAAACUGUUUAUUGGUUAAAAACUUCUGCACUUAAGAUUGUUUAAGCAAUAUGAUGUCGACACUGUUUUCUGUCUUGCGUGCAAAAGUGUAGGGAAGCAAAUAUGUAUCACUAUUUUUAAAUAUUUGAUGUGGUAUUUAUUUUAUUUUUUAAAAAUGUUUUUUAAUCAUAAGCUAAUAUAUUCAAGUAGUAAUAAUGACAAAUUGAAAAAUUAUUUUUGUCUUUUGCAAUUAAAAGAAAUUCAGUAUAAUAAAUUAAUAUCAGCAAUGAUUUAGUGGUUCUUGGAGGUGAAUUAAUUUAUAUAAUUUGUCAACUGGGAUUUUGCAAAACAGCAUUAUGUAAGAGCUAUUACAUUUUUUCUUCCAUAUCUCCCCCUCCUUCUCCCUCAGUCUCACAAGAGGUCUGUCAUCAUAAUUGAUUUUAAAAGACUUCCUGCUGCUUAUGGGAAAUAUUGUCUACAUCACAUUAUUAUAUGUUAAUUAUAUACCCUUGGACAAACUACUACACAAGUACCAUGUACAAAUAUGGGAAAUUGGCAACAUACAACCUAUUUAGGGUCUCCGGUAUACUUUAUUUAACUUUAGGCAAGCAAUAUCUUAUGGGAAGAAGGUACGGUCAGGUCUAUAAAUAUUUAGACAGUGACAAAGUUAUUAUUUUAGCGGACUCCCACAGUAUAUUGGGAUUUAAAUAAUGAAUGACAACCUCAAAGUGCAGAGUUUCUGCUUUAAUUUGAGGGUAUUAUUAUCCAAAUCGGGUUAAGGCUGUAGGAAUUACAGCACUUUUUAUAUGUGGUCCAUCCAAUUGGUUGCUCAGCUUUUCCAUGUCCAGGUGUGUGUUACUCUCUCAUUAUUUCACUUACAAGUAAGCAGAUAAAAGGUCUAAAGUUGAUUUGAAGUGUGACAUUUGCAUUUGAAAUCUGUUACUGUUAACUCUCACAAUAUUAAGUCCAAAGAGCUGACACUCAGCUCUGAAGCAAGCCAUCACUGGGUUGAAAAAUCAAAACAAACCCAGCAGAAAUAAAUCAUCUAUUUGGUGCAUUCCUUGCCCGAUGAAGAGAGAAAUCCUUCACAACAUUUGGCCAGAUCAAGAAUUGCCUACAGGAGGUAGGUGUAUCUAUGUCAAAGUCAAGAAUCAAGAGAAGCCUUCACCAGAGUAAAUAGAGAGGGUUUACCACAAGAUGUAAACCAUUGGUAAGCCUCAAAAUCAGGAGGAACCAAUUAGGCCAUAUACUGUGGUAGACAUCUAAAACAACAGUAACUUUGUCAAUGUCCAAAUUUUUAACAACCUGUCUGUAUUAAAGUGGAGGAUAAAUUCUAUAGAUUUACAGAGCAGGGUCCAUCAAUGCUUUCUACUUGCCAUUUCCUUUAUUUUCUUUAAUAACUUAUUUAAUUUUUUUUUUUUUUUUACAAAUAUGAUUAAGUAUGUGGGGGCACGGUGGCUUAGUGGUUAGCCCGUUUGCCUCACACCUCCAGUGUUGGGGUUUGAUUCGUGCCUCCACCCCGUGUAUGCGGAGUUCGCAUGUUCUCUCCGUGCUUCGGGGUUUUCCUCCAGGUACUCCGGUUUCUUCACCCGGUCCUAAGACAUGCGUUGAAGUCUGAUUGGCAUUUCCAAAUUGUCUGUAGGGCGUGUGUGUGUUUGUUCUGCAAUGGGUUGGCACCCCGUGCAGGGUGUCCCCCGCCUUGUGCCCCAGGUCCCCCUGGGACAGGCUCCAGGCUUCCUGCGACCCUGUGUAGGAUAAGCGCUAUGGAAAAUGGAUGGAUGGAUUGAGUAUGUAAGCAUAAAAUUUGACCAAAAGCUAAUUUUUCCUUAUGAUGUUUACUUUAUCUGAUAUCUGAUAUAUGAUUUUGAACAAUGUACAUCAACAAACAUUUUUAAAAUGUACAAUGGGGUCCAAAAAUAAAAGACCGCUAAUGAAAAUGCUUAAAUUUUGCUUUGUUUUCUAAUUUAUUACAAAUUGCCAGCAAAGUGGUGGUGAAUCUUUGAAAUAUUUACAUGAAGCAUAGAACCAUUUUGCACGGACUCCACAUGUUUGUGUAAAACCUAAAAAUCUGAACACGUGCUUCAGUGGAACUGGUAAGACUCAAGGAAAAUCUGACUAUUCGUAAAAAGGGGUCAACAUGUUCAAGAUCAUACAUUUAAACAGAGAUCUUCUUUGUUUUAAAAUUUUCAAUUCUAAACUUUCUGUUCCCAGAUUUUCACUGUACAUAGCAGUACCUAAAAAGAUUUUGUAU